GUUACUACUGCCCUAGUGGUGAUGUGAACUACGCUAACUAUGAUUGUCUCAGUGGACACUACUGUCCAGAUGGCACUGAGGCAUGGAACCAGUACCCAUGUGUAGCUGGGAAAUACAACAACAUAUCUCAUCGUACUAAAGUUGAAGACUGCUUAGAUUGUCCAGGUGGACAGUACUGUGAAUAAACAGGCCUGACAACUUCAACUGCAACUGCGUGACCAGAGAAUACUGCCCUGAAGGAUCCAUUGUGCUACUUAUUAUUUAGGAGUAAUGUCUGGUGAGUGUUUCGGAGGAUAUUACUGCACAUCAUCAGUUACUAUGCCUAACCCCAGUAAUGAUGGUACCACUGGGGAAAUUUGUCCUCGUGAAGAAUUCUGUCCAAAUGGUACAGCUGCUCCUCAACUCUGUCAGGCUGGUUACUACCUCAACAGCACUGGCAAUGAUGACGUCUCAGACUGUGAACUGCGGGCUUUUGUUGUGCUGGUAGUGGGAAUGAUGCCCCAAUUGGCCUUUGUUCUGCUGUAUAAUUCUAUCCUGGGGGUCAAGAUGAUGAUUCCUCUACUGGGUAUAACUGCAAGGAAGGUAAAUGGCUCUUAUGAGGAAACAUUGAUUUUGUAAACUUUUAUGAUGAUCCAAUUUCUCAA